UUUACAGAGAAAUGAAACCUCUAGUAACUUCCAACAACACUGUAGUUUGUGUUAAAACACAAACAACAGAGCUGCACUUCCACAUUCAAGCAGACUUUCCUCUCCUCUAAAUAUGGCCUCAGCCAGUGGGUUCCUGUCUGAAGAUCAGUUCAUGUGCUCCAUCUGUCUGGAUUUCUUCACCGAGCCGGUUUCUAUCCCAUGUGGGCACAACUUCUGCAAGGCCUGUAUCAGCACCCACUGGAAAGGCAAAGAGCAGUGUCAGUGUCCGCUGUGCAACGAGAAGUUCAGCAAAGGACUCAAGCUCUGCGUCAACACAGGUUUCAGGGAGGUGGUGGAGAACUUCAGGAAACAAAGUGUCUCAGCUAAUAACGAUGUCCUCGUCAAAGCGGGACAGGUGCCGUGUGACCGCUGCACUGGCAAGAAGUUCAGAGCCUCGAAAACCUGUUUGGUUUGUCUGGCCUCUUAUUGCGAGACACACCUUGAGCCUCACCGGAGGAUUGCUACAUUACAGAAGCACAGACUGGCCGAUCCUUUGCAGAACCUGGAGAGCAAUGUGUGCAAGGAGCAUAACAGGAUGAUGGAGCUCUUCUGCAGGGAUGACUUGACCCGUGUUUGUGUCCAGUGUACAGAACAUAAAGCUCAUGAUAAGGUCCCUUUAGAGGAGGAGUAUGAAGAGACGAAGGUUCAGCUGGAGCAGAAGAAGGAGGAAGUGCAGGAGAUGAUACAAGAGCGACAAAGGAAGGUCCAGGAGCUAAUGGAUGACGUGGACAUGAGGAGGAAACAAAAAGAUGAAGCAAAGGUGAAUAGUUCUCAGGUCUUCUCUACUUUUGUAGUGUCUUUUAACAGAGGCCUGCAUGGGCUGUUGAGGGAGCUUGAGGAGAAGCAAAGUGCAGCAGAAAGACAGGCUGAGGUGCUGGUCAAAGAACUGGAGAGAGAAAUCAUCAAGCUCCAGAAAAGAAUCACUAAGCUGGAGAGCAUCUCACACACUGAAGACCACCUGCAGCUCAUCAAGCGCUUCCUGUCCUGCUCCUCCUCCCUCCCAUGCAAGAACUGGUCUGACAUCAGUAUCAGUGGCCAGCACCGUGUGGAGGAUGUCAAGAGAGCGCUGACAGAGCUGGCGGAGACGCUCGCUAAAGAGACGGAGCGAGCGAGUCGAGAAUUCAAGGUGAGUUGUGAUAAAAUCAUCGGUGAAGAAACUGAAAAAUGGGUCGACACAUACACGGACCUAGAGAUGCUGCCCGAAGGCACAAAGUUGGACGCAAUCCGGCAGCGGUUUGAGGUGGACAUGACAUUUGAUCCGUGCACCGCAAGUGAUCUGCUCCUGUUUUCAGAGGAUUUAAAACAAGUACACACUCCUCAUGUUUUGUGGAUUUCAAAUAUCCCGAAAAAGUUCAACAGAUAUGCCUACGUGUUGGGAAAUAAGGGCUUUUCUGAAGGCAGAUUCUACUAUGAGGUGCAGGUCACAAUGAAGACCGGAUGGGAUUUAGGAGUAGUUAGAGAGUCGGUGCGUGGGAAGAAGACAUUCACACCAAACCCGAGGACGGGAGCCUGGAUCAUUAGAUUGAAGAACAUCAACAAAUUCUCGGCUCUGAAUAAUGUCUCCGUCAACCUCCGAUUGAUAAACAAACCAGAGAGGGUCGGGGUGUUUGUGGAUCAUGAGCAGAGGCGGGUUUCCUUCUAUGAUGUGGACACUGCAACUCUGAUCUACUCUUUUACUGAUUGCACAUUCAAUGAGAAAAUCUACCCAUUCUUCAGCCCCGGUCUCCCUGAGGAGGGUAUAAAUGGUGGCCCCCUGGUCCUCUCACCAACCCCCCUCAAAAUCUCGACCACCACAAAAGAAGAAACGCAGGAAACAUACCAAUUUUAUGCCAUGAUUCUUUUUCUUGUUGUUGUGUUAUUUCAUUUCAUCGGGUCGCUGUGAAUCAUUAAGUAGAGUGGGUUGUCCACUAAACAGGUUGAUGGUUUGAGAUGAUUGGGAAUACUUUCUUUCUCUUUACAUGCUGUUUUGUUUUUUUGUACAUAGUGUUGCAUGUUUAUUUUUACCCAUACCUUACCGUGUAUUUCUUUUAAUCACACUAAUCAUGUACAUUUAACAAAAUCUUUCAAAUCAAAUAAAACAGUUUUUCCCAACGGUGGAUGUACUUGUAGAGACAGGGAGGUAUUUCGUCUCCUUCCAGUCACAACCUCAUCUGACACUUCAUCAUGACAAUAUCUUGUAAACAGACAAUAUCUAACAUGUUAUUCGGACUUAUUAUGCCUGCUUUCUCAUGUGGUGUUGAAUUAGCUGCGUUUGAUUCAAAAUGUACAUAAAGUUUUCCUUUGAUAACGAAA